GGCAACGACCCGAUCAACGACAUCAAGCUGCUGUUCAACACCAUCGGCUCCGUCAUCAAGGGCAACGCAAUCGCAAAGCCCGACCGCACCUUCUCCAACCCCGUCGAGUCGCUCAAGCGCUUGUGAGCGCGCGGGGCGGGGACGCUCAGCGGCACGAGCGCACGCGCGCUCUGCGGCUGAGCUGCAGCAGCUGAGCGGCCGCGGUGCGCGGCCGCGACCAUACACUCACGAUGAUGCCGGCAGCCGGAUGGGAGGCGGCGCCGAGCGCGCGGCCGGCGCCACUCCGGCGAACACCGUACUACAUGCGCACUAGCACGAUUGCGAUAUUGUCCAUGUAACCGUGGCACCCGUAGAGAGUCAUUAGCACUCACGUAGAGCGCCACGCGCAUGUGGCUCUUAUUCCGUCGGGGUGUGCCGCCUGUCUUGUCGAAUGAGUUUUGGGAGUAUUUCGAGUAUCGAGAGUA